UGAAAACAAUGAGGCUGAAUAUGUAACGAGCUGUGGCCUGGCUUAGGUGUCUCCCUCAUCCAUUCCUCAGAGCAGCUUUGGACAUGGUCAGCAGCCUUAUGAGGGCUACAUGCUGAACCAAAGAACAUCAGUAAUGCUUUAAUGGAAACAAAACUAGCUUUAAAUUAAGGGAAUGUACAGUUGGUUUUAUCAUUAGUUGGCUUUCCAGUUGGAUUACUUUGCAACUUUUGGCUUUUUGUGGUUUCAAAGGCUUUUAAUGCCAAGGAGGCUGGAGGGUCAAGGACCAAAAUGAAAAACAUUAUCCUCCUCACAUGUCUGUCAGCUUUAAGUUGCUGUUUGGCCUCAGAAUUGUCUUUCAUAUUGGAGCCCAGUGAUGUGAUUGCUGUAAGGGAUCGUCCUCUCAUGCUGCAUUGCCAGGUGCAGGGUGAACAGCCGAUUACAAUCACAUGGCGUAAAAAUGGGUUACCUUUACCCUCCAGCCCUCGGGUCCAAGUUCUGGAAAAUGGGACGCUGUUAAUCCAGAGAUUCCAGAAGCGCAGAGAUGGGAGUGAUGCAGACAUGGGCGAGUAUGACUGCGCUGCUCAGAAUCGCUACGGCAUGCUGGUGAGCCGCAAGGCCAAAGUCAACUUGGCGUCUCUACCAAAGUUCCACACCCAUCCAGUAUCCAUGUUUGUGGAUGAAGGAGGAGUUGCUCGUUUCCAGUGUCAAAUAAAUGGCGUUCCUGAGGCCACCAUAACCUGGGAAAAGGACAGACGACCUCUGAACACGUCUGACAGCAGGUACACUCUUCUUCCAAUGGGAAUCCUGCAAAUAACAGGUGUGAGGAGGACAGACUCUGGGAUUUUUCGCUGCGUUGCCACCAACAUUGCCAACACUCGCUACAGCCAUGAGGCCACACUCAAUGUCACUGGUGGAGCUCCUAGAACCUAUAAGGAGCCAGUCAUCCUGUCUGGGCCACAGAAUCUUACCCUCACUGUCCAUCAGACGGCCAUCUUGGAGUGCAUCGCCACAGGAAAUCCUCGGCCAAUUGUGUCCUGGAGCAGGCUAGAUGGACGUUCUAUUGGAGUGGAGGGUAUACAGGUCCUCGGGACGGGUAACCUGAUGAUCUCAGAUGUUUCCCUGCAGCACUCUGGUGUGUAUGUGUGUGCUGCCAAUCGGCCUGGCACCAGAAUGAGACGGACAGCACUGGGACGCCUGGUGGUGCAAGCUCCACCUGAGUUCCUCCAGUGGCCGCAGUCCGUGUCCAGACCAGCAGGGGGCAGUGCUGUGUUCACAUGUGUGGCCCAGGGUGUCCCUGAUCCCCACUUAAUUUGGCUGAAGAAUGGGAAAGUUCUGACCCCAGGACAAAAUGUCAAGCUGACAAAUAACAACAGCACUUUGGCGCUGACCCGUAUAAGCUCAGACGACGAGGCCAUCUACCAGUGCAUUGCGGAGAACAGUGCCGGCACUAACCAGGCUAGUGCCCGCCUGGCUGUGGCUCAAGCUAAGGACCUUCCUGCUGCCCCACAAGGGCUCUCAGCCAGCGCUGUGUCCACCAACACCCUACGAAUAACAUGGAGUAACCCACCCACCAGCAUCACUGACAGCAUCAUCGGAUAUGUCUUACACAUCCGUAAGCUGGGAGAGCCUGAUCGUCUGGAGCUGCAGGAAGCCAUAAGUAAAGACACUUUUCAACAUGAUGUGACCAACCUGGAGGCCAGCACCACCUACUCUCUCUACCUGAAGGCCUACUCUGCUUUGGGGGCGAGCCAGCAGUCCAACAGCAUAAUCGCCACCACACUAGGCAGUGUACCCUCCCCACCCACUUACUUCACCAAGGUGCUGAACUCCACUACCGUCCAAGUCCUGUGGGAGCUCCCAGGGAAGCCGGGGAAAGUCGAGGGAUUCCGGCUGUCUUUUCGCAGAGUCCCCCACACUGACUACCAGGAGCCUGUUGAACUGCCUUUUUAUGCCAGCAGUCACACCAUAUCAGACCUUGAAUCGGGAGCUGUGUACGAAAUCAAACUGGUGGCCUACAACGGAAACGGAGAGAGCGACGGCACCAAGAGGUUGGUGUCGCUGGCAGAGCAAGGCAUAAGUGAUCAGAUCAGUGGAGGCAACAGUUUAUGUCAGUGCAGGGAUUCUGAAACCUCUUUGGGCAGCAUCGUUAUUGGCAUCCAUAUUGGCACGGCCUGCAUCAUCUUCUGUGUCCUCUUCCUCAUGUUUGGAUACCGUCGCAGUUUUUUUUGCAGUAAAGGGACUCAGAACAACUGGCCAGUACCAAGGAUCCAUGCAGGACAAAACAACAGCCCUAAAGAAGGAGCAAACUACCCACAGGUGGAGUCUGAAGCACAGAUGGUGUGUCCUGCACGUUGCCAAGUCAUCAUUGAGCAGCAUCCAUCUGGCGUGUCUGGCAUGGGAACUGGCUGACAUUGGUCAAUAUUAUCACUUAACCUUAUUUCCAACUUGUCCCUCCACUCCCGUUUUUAAGCUGGUAUAUAUUCACUAAAACCCACUGCUAGUGCUAGAGUGUUGGCUUGUGGAAUAAGAUCGAUCCCGGUGAGUUACUACCCUGAGACCAACCUCCUCCCCUACCUCAAACCAAAGCGUAUCGCCUUCAUGGCCUUUAUUGCACAUGUAUUUCUAUAUCCUACUGCUUGCAUGUGUGCUGAGAAACAUUCUCCUGAUCAGGACAGCAUUAGUUUUGUAUUCACACCAAAGACAUGUCAAUUUUUCACUAAGAGCUUGUUCCAUAACCAAAAUAUUUUAUCCUCCAAAUUUUUGGUGGGAAAUUGGACACGUCAGGAUGUGCACUACGGAUUGAAGCCUAAACUUUAUUUUGUUAUAUGACUGAGAACAUAUUUUGUGUUUGUUGCAACAUUUUGUCCUUUCAACUAAAAAAGAUGUCAGCCUCUGCAAACAUCUUCUAAGAAGGUUCGACUGAUAAAAGCUUUUUAAGAAAAUAAGAAAAGUAUCCAAACUAGAAAAUGUUGAUUCGUUGAACCCAAAAGUCAGGUUAGAAGGAUUGGAAGAUUUUCUCCAAAGAUAGCUACCUCAGUCUGAUACAGUGCUUUAUGGUAAUCCUAAUAAUGCUGCUUCUGUUAGCUAACCUACCAAAUGAAUCUAUAUUUUUAAAAGUUCAUUUUGACAAGUGCCAGUCACUGUACCAUGCCAGUCACUGACCAAUCCUGCCCAGAGUGAAUGAUUGCCAUGGAGACCAAACAUUGUUGGAGUGUUUCCUGAAAAAGCCCAAAGCCUUAUUGCACCAGAAGAUACAACCUGAUGUUUCCUCUGCCUCCUUACCGUGAAGGAAAGAUGUCUGUCUUUUUAAACCUCUUUAUUUAAAGGCAUCAUCAGCUGUCUCAUUUCAUGGGAAAUAUGGAUUGCCAGUAGUGCUCUGUGAAACGUUUAAAAAUCACUUCAUUUUUCCACCAAUAUUCUGUACUGAUACCAAGAGGCCUACCAUGAACUUCAGUGACUAAGUGAAGUUUCACGGUGAAAUGGACCUGAAUGCAUUAAACACCAGGAAAGCCUUUCCAAAAAAGAUCUAUGAAAACCAAGCUGAAAGAUAUCCAAAGAUGUAAACUAUUGGUUGGUUUUCUUUACGUUACGUUCAUUCUACAUCACAUGUAUUAAUUUCCUUUCAGUUACAGGUUCUUGUAGAACCUAAAACAAGUGAACCCUGCUUUUGAUUUCUUCUGGAAUAAUUUAAAAACUUUUUGAUGUUUUUUUUUCUUCUUCGGCUUAACCCAGAAAUGUGGAAAAUGUAUUUUUGUGAUUUAAUUUUCUUUCUUAAGAAUGACCAAAUGCUUAUUGUAUAGUUUUAAAAACCCUUUCAACGCAGAAGGAAGGUUUGUGUUGGAAAGUAGUUGAAUUUUUGCCAAAUAAUUGUUUAUCCUUAAAAACAUGCAACCAAAAAACAGUUUUGCCAUUCCAAAUUAAUUCCUUUAACACGUUUUGCUGGCCAAAGCACAAGUUGUUGCAUAC